UCCCUACCUUUCAUUCCCAGCUACCUACGGUGCCUAACCAACAUUCGACCGUAUCUGCGAUAACCCGUUGUCGAGAGCGUGCUCCGAGGUGAAAUCCGAACUUCCAUCUCUCGUCGGCAUCCUGAUCGUUCUUUGGCCGCGGGUCCCCAAGUCCUUUUUUUGCAGGGGAUGCUAGGAACAGCGUUCGACUUGUAGAUUAUGAUUCUCAGCAAGGCCUUCGCGGCCGUCGUUACAGCUGCUGGCCUGCUCGUACAAGAUGCGAUCGCCCACUCGGUGAAGCGCAACCCUCUCUCGUCCGUCUCUCGGAUUGACCACGCCGUAAUCCAUACGCCGUCGCACCGGGUACAUGCGCAUUCGUCCUUCGAUGUCUCCUUCACCCUCUCCACCACCCAGCAGAGGGUCCGCCUCGCCCUAGAACCGAACCACGAUCUCUUCGGCGAGGACGCGACGAUUCAGUACCUCGGCGCCGACGGUACUCUCCGCCGAUCCAAGCCCAUCGAUAGGCGAGACCACCGUGUGUUCAAGGGCGAUAGCUUUGUCCAGCGGGAAGGACGGGCGGAUUGGAAGCAUGUGGGCUGGUGUCGGAUCCACGUGCACCGCGAUGGCGUCAAGCCCAUAUUCGACGGCGUCUUCACCAUCGACGGGAACCACCACCACGUUCAGACCAAGACGAACUAUCACCUGUCUACGGUCAGCGGCGACCCGGUGAUCGAAGAUGGCGAUGACGAGUACAUGGUUGUUUGGCGGGAUACCGACGUCCAAGCUACGGCCGGCGACGAGCUCAGGCGUGAUCUGGCCGGCGCCGCGACCUGCGGGUCAGACACACUGCGGCACAACAGCCGCGAGAAUAACAACGUCUACCGGAGCCUUGAGGAGGCCACCCAAGACACGUCGGUUUGGCAGAUGAGCCCCAGGGCACUGUUCGGGCGUCAGGUUGACACCACUCCGGGCGGCAACGGCGCUGGCGUGAACUUGCAAAACUCGAUCGGCUCGACCGCCGGCUGCCCGACCACACGGAAGGUGGCGCUGGUGGGCAUUGCGACAGACUGCACCUAUACUUCUCUGUUCAAGACCGAUGACGCCGUGACGAAAAACAUCGUUCAGGUGGUAAACGCGGCGUCGCAACUCUACGAGAGCACUUUCAACAUCUCGCUGGCCAUUCAGAAUCUGACCAUCAGCGACCCCGGCUGUCCGAGUACGCCUCCCCAGGCGGCACCCUGGAACAGGCCUUGUUCCGACUCGGCGACCGUCGACACUCGUCUCAGCCUCUUCUCGCAGUGGCGGGGUCAAUGGAAGGAUACCAAUGCUUACUGGACCCUCAUGUCCACUUGCAGCACGGGGCCGACUGUCGGUUUGGCGUGGCUUGGUGCCGUCUGUCAGGAGGGUUCCUCGACCAAGGAUAACGAGACGAGCGCCUCGGCCAACGUCGUCGUCCACACGUCGACCGAGUGGCUAGUGUUCGCUCACGAGACGGGCCACACAUUUGGCGCGGUGCACGAUUGCGACAGCAGGACAUGCAGCGACGGGAGCGUCGAGAAGCAGGAGUGCUGCCCCCUGAGCACGGACACGUGCGAUGCGGACGCGCAGUUCGUCAUGAACCCUUCGACGGGCAACGGCAUCACCAAGUUCUCGCCCUGCAGCAUCGGCAAUAUCUGCAGUUUCCUCGGCCGCGCUCCGAACCGAUUCAACUGCCUGUCCAGCAACAGGGGGGUCACGAGCUUUACCGGCGCCCAGUGCGGCAACGGCAUCGUCGAGCACGGCGAGGAGUGCGACUGUGGUGGGGAGGAAGGCUGCGUUGGCAACCCCUGCUGCGACCCCAAGACGUGCAAGUACACGGAGGGCAGCGUGUGCGACCCGAACAACGAAGAGUGCUGCACCCCGCAGUGCGGCUUCAUGAGCAACGGCACAGUCUGCCGCGCCAGCACGGGCGCCUGCGACCCGGAGGAAGUCUGCUCUGGUACCUCGGCCGGCUGCCCCGCCGACGUGAGCGCUCCCGACGGCCAAUCCUGCGGCGACGGUCUCCAAUGUGCCUCGGGCCGCUGCACGUCGCGCGACCAGCAGUGCGCAACCUUCAUGGGUUCCGACGCGGUCACCUCCUGCUCCCGUUCGGGCUGUGUUCUCUCGUGCCAUUCGCCCCAGCUCGGCCCCAACCAGUGCUACCUCCUCAACCAGUACUUCCUCGACGGCACCAGCUGCCAAGGAGGUGGCAAGUGUCGCAACGGCGACUGCGUAGACACCUCGCUGAGCCAGACAAUCCUCGAGUGGAUCCAGGACAACAAGCAGAUUGCCAUCCCCGUCAUCAGCAUCGGCGGCGGGCUGAUCCUGCUCGCCCUCCUGAGCUGCGUCUGGAGCUUCUGCGCCCGCUGCUCCAGGCGCCGCAGGAGCCGCAGCAACAAGCUGGCCGCCAUGUCCCCGCCCCGCGGUCCGUGGGGUGGUGGCAACCCCUACCGUGGCGCCCGCGGUGUGCUUCGAGGGAGUGGCGCUGGUGGUGUCAGAGGGGGGCAGUCGCCGCCGAUGCGGCCCGGUCCCGCGUACGCCCCGGUGCCGUCGCCUCCACCCAUGGACGGGCUGGGCUCGGCCCCGCCGCCACCGUAUCCGCACCAGCACCAGCAGCAGCCGCAGCAGGAUAUGCGGUGGGAGCCGAUGCGCUCCAGGAGCUUCCGGUAUGCCUGAGCGAAUAGGCGUGGCG